UAGCCGCCUCACUUUCUCAGUCGCUGACUCCGCCCUUUCGCUGAAUCUUCAUAAAUCCUGGAGCUCCAGGAACGGAGUGUGGCAAAACGGGACAUUAUACCGAAAGCGCGCGCACAUUCACGCACGGGUGUCAUUCCAUGCACCAUACACUCACCACCCCUUCCUCAACGUCUAUCAAAACACAUCUUGCGGACGCCCUUUCGGUCACAUCCUCGGGUUUAUGGCCGCUACGCUUCUUACCAUGAGCGCUGCGCUCGCACCGGGACAAGAUGACUUUCUCUCGCUUCUCAAACCCUCGCUGUCCGACGGCUUUCAGGAGGACUCCUCUCUGUUUUGCUUUGAACACAAGAAUCCUGACACGGAAAGGGGCUUAUCCAACGACUACUCUCAGGCUAAACUAGAGAUGGAUAAAUAUCUGUCUCCACAACCUGUGGUUCUCCCUGACCCAAAGAAGUCAAGACGAGAGAGCGUCUCCACAAUGGACCAGUUUUUCGGGGAUGACCAUGGACCCCCCUACAGCAUCAAUAUGAAUGUCUACCUGCCUGACAUUGCCUAUCUAAGAACAGGUCUGUGUCGGCCGGCACGGCAUUCUGUCUCCAACCAGGUCAAAACUGAGCCUGUAACAGCAUCAUUUUCUCAUCCUGAGUGUGCCGUGAGCUCAAGCGGCCCUGCUCCGUCCGCACUGCCAGAUUUCACCAGCAUCUUUAACUCCACUUCAGGCUCCGGAAUGGACGCUGUGGAUGAUAGCACUGGGGUUUUUGUUAAGCAGGAGAUGCAAGGCUUUGACAUCCCGCAGGAUGGGCCGCUCUUCCAGCUCCUCAACUCAGAGCUGGACGUCCCUGAUCCAACUAACCCUCACGCUCACUCACAGAUGCCUACUUUCCACAACCUGCACUUAGCUGCCCAACAGACUGCUGCCAAAUCAUACUGUGGCAUGGCGGCCCCUGGGUACCCUCUCAGCCACGGUCACUUUGUUCAUCCUCAGGAUCAGGCUCACUCGCAGCUCAAAAUGACAUAUCUGCCCCCUUCACCUCCCACUUCAGAACCGGGCAGUCCUGACAGACAGAAGGAACUGCUUCACAAUCUGACACCGCCACCAUCUUACGCUGCCACUAUCGCCUCCAAAAUGGCUGUCCACGCACCCAGUCACCCCACACCCGCCUCCACACGACCCCCCACAACCACUGGGUCCAUGCCUGUCCGGUACAACCGCAGGACAAAUCCAGAUCUUGAGAAAAGACGGAUACAUCACUGUGAUUUUCCAGGUUGCAAGAAAGUUUACACCAAGUCGUCCCACCUGAAAGCUCACUUGAGGACACACACUGGUGAGAAGCCGUAUCGGUGCACGUGGGAAGGCUGCGAUUGGCGGUUCGCUCGAUCCGAUGAGUUGACGCGUCAUUUCAGGAAACAUACCGGAGCCAAACCCUUCCAGUGCGCCGUGUGCAGCCGCAGUUUCUCUCGCUCCGAUCAUCUCGCCCUGCAUAUGAAGAGGCAUCAGAAUUAGACACACUAACUCCAACAGACACACAUACUUAUUAUUAUGCACUUGAAGUGAUCGACUUAUUUCUUUCUGUACACCACGACGAACCUUAUAACACUUAGGGUAAUCUUCUCUCUCUCUGACCUGUCGAGAGUGUCGACUAUAAACUGACAAACUUUUGAUAUUACUAUGAAAUCCAGUUUCUUUCCUUUGGAUAUCGUAAUGCCCCUUUUUCUCUCUAUAUACGUGAACUUUCCGUUAAGACCCUCAUCUCAUUUUGGCUUUCUUGAUAAAUAAGACAAAUAAGCUGUCUUGUGUUUGAGACUUUCAUCCUCUGAUUGGAACAAGAAAUGGAACUAACACACAGGAAUUGUACAUCUGCAAAGCACUAAUGCUGGGUUCAGACUACACAAUAUCAGCCUGAUUUUGGCAUGAUCUGUUUGAAGUUGUGGUGAUUCGUUUACAAAAAUGGGUGUCCAAUGGAAAAAAAUUGAUAGUGUGUCCAGUGGACAACAAUUGACACUGUCUGGAACGCUUCGGGAAGACUAGCAUUUUUGUAUUUGAUCAAUAGUGUAUAGAUAAACACUAUAGAGUACGCAAGAAGUGUCUUUAUAGUGUUUUAUAGUUUUGAAUGGGGAAAAAGGUAACAGUCAAUUUGGCCACUGUAGUGAAGGAAGUCCUGCCUUCUAGUAAAGGAGCCAAUAAUCGAUUGCUGUUGACUGACAAUUCUCCAUAGGAGGGAGAGCUCCAGAUGUGUGGUUUUACAAAUCUCAGCAAAUACUUGCUUCGCAAUGAUGAUAAAUAUAUCUACAUAAAGCUUGAAAUCUCUACUUUUAAAUAAACCAAAUGUUUUCUGGUUUUGUAAUCUAAACGAAAGUGAAGUACAGUCUGUCUGAUCUCACCUUAUAAAUUCUCGCCUCCGCCAUUUAAACGCAAAUCACAUGGCAGUAAUCAUUGAAAGCCCACUAACUUGUAAACAAAUUGGUUGCUGUUUUUUGGGAGGAGAACAUCAGUGUAUAUGUCAAAUUUAUCAUCAGGAAUAAGUUAGAAAUUACUUCAGAAGGCCAGCAUGAUCGAGCGCAACAUUAUUCAGAGUAUGAUUAUGGUUAGCAACCAAGUUAUUUGGUGUUCAGUUUAAUGAGUGAUUCCAAAUAUUAAAUUUAGUCAUAAGCUUGGCAAAGAGUUAUCUAUAGUCUGAUGUUUCCCCAUUUAAAGAUAUAGGCACUUAUAUGCCCAAGAGGCAUUUCAAAGAUGGCCACUGAGUAAAAAUACCUGCCUUAAAGCGACUUUGGUAUGGAUAUGUCCUCUAUAUACAGCUUUUCAUGAUGCAAAGGAUAUAUCUUUACCAGAGUCCCUUUAACCCAGCAGACACACAACAUCAGACACACAACAUCAUUAGACAAUAAUAUAAGGUUAGAUUUAGGUCGUCAAUGUUAUUUUGAUGUCCAACAUCGACGUGAAAUGACAUUGAUAUUUUGUUGAUUUUAAUUUGUGUUGGAAAGUGCCCAAAACCUAACGUAGAGCCAACAUCUUAAACCAACGUCAUAUUGACGUCAAAUACUGACAAUUUUUUGUCAGGUAUGGCGACCAAAAUCCAACAUCUGAUAGACAUCAUAGUGGUAAUGUCCACACAACAUCAAGCUGUAACAUCAUCAGACGUUGAUAUAUAUAUAUAUAUAUAUUUUUUUUUUACGUUAUGUUGGAAAGUAACCAAAAUGCAAUGUCGGUCCGAUGUUGGACAUUGACGUCAGUCGUUCGUUGGGUUCUGACAUCAACCCAAUUUUCAUUUUUAAUCAAAAUGUAACGUCCUACAGUCUGACGUCAUGUUGACGUUCUGUGCCUGCUGGAUAAGGCAAGCAUUUGAGGUUAAGCCUGAUAAUUGGUUAAACUCAUCCGGGUCAUGGCACCAAUGCAACCCCUCCAGUAGGUUUAUAUUCUUGUUAGUGUGUUUACCACCUACAGCGUGCCAUGCUGGUUCGCAUCUCGAUCAACCCUGAGUGAGAGGAACCAAAUUAGGUUGCUUAUUGUAAGUUGUACAAUUGUAGGUCUGCUAAAUGAUUUUAAUGACUUACAAAAGUGUAAGUACAAAGUACAAAACUCACUACUUUCUCAAGUGUUGUACUAGCAACUGAUACACCUUUUUAACGUCGCUGUUAGUGCGUUCACUUCGCGUCCUAAAAAUGUCUGUUUGAAUCCUGCCCCGAAUGCAGUGAGUAAAGCUAGAGGGGUUACAUUGGUGCUGUGACCCAGAUGAGUUUAACCAUUUAUCAGGCUUUAUUACCCUUUUAAGUUAUAGUCUCGUAAUAUCCCCCAUUGACACUGCAUUGUUUUUUUAAUGGCUAGGAGCUGAGGAUACACAUUACUCCCGGCUCAGUGUAAUCUCUUCUUAGUGCGCCAAAAGUUAAGACCUGCAAUUCAAAUAGUGCUCAGAGUGUGGUGAAUCAAGAGCAAGAUUGUGUGACCCAGGGUGUUGUGACCCAGCUGGGAGUAAGGUUUUAUGAGGAUGAGUGUGACGGCUAGAAGAAACUGCGAGUAUUCCCUUUUUAAGAGGCACACUGGCAACUGGUGCUAGCAGCUGAAGUCUUAAACAUCCUUGUUAAUCUGCGUGUCUCCCAUUUCAAAAAUCCAGUUUCAAUUCUGAAUAUUAAAAAUCGGUGCCGUGACCUGGAUGCAAGUGGGGUUUAGGGGGUGAGUGUUAUUAUAGUUCACCUCCCAUGUCUCCCAAGACGUUUCGAAUUUUGCUCGAAGCAGGGCAAGUAGAGCCAAAGGAGUUAAACUGACAUGUUGGGGGUUUUUUUUUGUCCACAUCUGAUAAAGUGACCAUCAAACCAGACAAAAAUAUUGUAUAAUCUGAACCCAGCAUAAGACACGACUCCUAUUUUACUUUGCACUUGAAUUAGACUGGAAAAGCUGAAUAUCUAUGUAUGAUAGAUACUUUUAAUAUAUAUCACUGGAAUAGUUACUGCUCAUACCGGGGUUUCAAGUACACAGCCUCUACUGCGAUUCCCUCUUUUUAGUUUCUGAAGUAUUUAUAGCUUUGGAUGAUAAUGUGCUGCUACUGAACAGCAAUUAUUCAAUGAAUUAUUAAACAAUGGUAUAGAAAAAGCAAUGAGAAGUGGAAAAGGGCUUUAGACCGCUGUGUGAUUUGUACAGUCUCCUUUAUACACAGAAGCAUGCCGAACAUUUGUUUUCCUACUGUCGUUGAUGCAUAAGCUCAUAUGAAUGUACGAGACCACGGUGACUGUUCUUUUGAAGUAAUGCCUUUGGAACACAUUUCAUCUUAAAGUGCCUUUUCGUGUUUGUUUUUAUCAGCAGCACACACUGAAACUUCUUGAUCAUAAAAAAACAGACAAUAAAACGUACGGUUAAGGUUACCAUCACUGAAAUCCGACUGCCUUUCAUAAGUUUAAAAGAGGGUUUAAAUAUUACCUGGUUCUUUCUUGUAAAAUCGAUGUAUUUAUUGCAUUGGCUUUGUGAAGUGGAAUUUGACAAAUUUUGCUUAAUUGAAAUGCCUUAAUGUAAAUACUAUCAUGACAUUUUAUUGUAAAUAUUAUUUUGAUUUAUUUUGUUGCCUUUUUUUUGGAAAAGGAGGGCAUCACGUUGCUCUGGAUUUUGGCUGUGUGACUAUUUUCAUUUUAUUUUGGAUUUUUAUAUUUCACUUAAACUUUAUUUUGUAGAUUAUAUUUCUAAAUUUGUUGUCAUUUUUUGUCUACUGAUUGAAAUGAAUUCUAAUAAAAUCAUCUUCAUAAUUUUUAA